GGUAGGCAAACGUAAACAAGCAAGGGAAACAAGAAAAAAUAGCAACUGAAAUAAGCUGAGAACGUGCAAAUUAGAAUUUGCUCAAACCUAAGGAUAGUAGUGCAUUUAAGUACGCGCUUCAAGCUUCAAGUAACGCAAAGGUUUCGAAAAUUUCCAUGUAACUGCGCGAAGUGCAUUAAACAUUGAAAUUUCAUGCGCAUUUUGACACCUUUAGCGUAUUUUGCGCAAAUAAAUAAGUUCGAGUUAUUGUUGUUGUUGUUGGUGGGUAGCACUCAGAACCUGGUACGCUUGGAGGAGGGAGUGGUAGAGGCAGAGGCACGCAUUGGAAAACGCAAACAAGAGCAUUAACCAGCUCAUACACACACAUACACACACACGCUCACAGACACUUAGAAAAAGAAAAAGAACUGCGCCAGCAAACGUAAGAAAUGGCCAACACUAACAUGAUUAACAGCAACAACAACAGCAGUUCCACCUACACUUACAACAACUAUAAUAGUGUGAGUGCGGAUAGUGGUCACAGCAGCGGCAGCAGCGCUGGAGUCGGAGUCACCAGUGCAGGCGGCGGCAAAAAUGGCAGCGAAGUGCAAACGCUGCGCGAUGUCUGUAAUAUGUUGAAUACAAACAAUGGCAGCGGCACAAGCUAUAUGAUACCAACAGGUGGCUGUGCGUAUGAUCACAUUAUAGCGCUGAUGCGUAAUCUCAACUUGGAGGACGACGGCAUUGUCUUGAAUAACAAAAUCAAAGCAAUUGAAACGGAUUUCUGCAACAUUGUUCGCGACGAAUCAAUGCUAUGUGAAUCCAUGGAGUAUAUAAAUGACAAAGCGCUGAUUGAUGGCGAAACGGCAUUAAAGUUUGCGCUGCUCUUCUCCUCGCGCAACUUUGAUGCAUUGGCCAUGAAGGAGACGAAAGUGCGCAGUGCCAUGCUCAAAAUACUGGAGACAAACUACCUAAAUGCGGAUGCCUAUCGUCAACACGAUAAGAAUCGUCUUUAUAACUCCAUAACGCUGCUGGGCGAGUAUUAUCACCGUGUGCGUCUGGCGGAUAAUGCACCCAUUACCAUCCUGGGAGAUUCGCUGCUCAAUCUUUUAACGCGCGAAAUAAACGAUGUGUCAGUUCUAAUGAGCACGCGCCUGGCACGUCUGGUGCUGUCACAAAUUACACUCAACGGCGAAAUUAUGCGCACCCGGCACAAGGCAGAGAUCGAUCAGGUGCUGUUCCAUGUGAGGCUGCAUCUUAUAAGGCAACCGGCGCUAACGCCGAAAGUGAAGGCAAUGCUGCUAAUGGUGCUGGAUUUGUUCUAUAGUCAUUUUAAGCAUGUGGGCAACGAGCUUGAGGCUAUGUAUACAACUUACUUGGCCGUGGAUGAGGAAGAGGAGGAAGAGCAGGAGCAAGAAGCUGCGCUCAAUAAUAACAACAACAACAGCAGCAGCAAUGGUGGCGAAACGCAAACACAUGAGAGCACCGGUUAUAGUGAUGAUGAGCAUGCCAGCAGCAGUGCCAACAAUUCUGCACAGGAGGCGCCCAAGAAAUGGAGUGAACAGGUCUGCGAGGAUUCCUUCUGUGACAUAGGUUUUGGCGAAACAGAGGAGCAGCAACAGCCAUCAUAUACAGAGACGGCAGACAAUUCUUAUGACAGUCGGGAGUCGGGGCAUUCCGUGCGUCAGGGUAGGCGUGGCUAUCAGCCUAGACAAGCGCCGCGUCCUCUUAAGCAAGCACACACACAGCAAGCAGAUGAGGACCGCGAUGAGACGAAGCCGCUGCCCAGUUGGCGCAAGACGCGCUUCAAUCGUCAGCAGGAAGGCGAACAGUCCAAUGGGCGCUCGCGUCAGGAUCAGCAGCGUCGCUAUAGCAUUAGCUGCGAUGACGAUCAGCAAAGCAUACGCAGUGAGGGCGGCAAUUUGCGACUGUAUAGCAUACACGAUCGUAGAAAGCAUUCGCAGGAGCGCUACGAGCGCAAUGUGAACAGCAACUACAAUAGCAUUGUGAACUCCAACUGGGAUCAGCGUGAUGAUCGCAGUGAGCGCAGCUAUAUAAGCAACUAUGAGCGUGGCAACAAUUACAAGCGUGGCGGGCGCUACAAUAAUCGCAAUAGCUACGAUAAGCCGCCGCGUUUCCAGAAGCAGCAACAGCAGCAGCAGUAUCAGCAGCAGCAUCAUCAACAACAACAACACCACCAACAACAACAACAACAGCAGCAGCAGAAGAUACACAGCGAGACCUGGCGUCGGUCUAACAAUGCCAUCAAUUAUCCGGAUGAGAAUUGUGCCUCUAAUUGGAAUGGUCAUGAGGCGGAUAGCCGCAGCUCCUCGCGUGCGCGUACCCUGCCUCGUCCGCCCAAAUCUCAGAUGGACGAGAGAAAGAACUAUCGCUACAGUCAAAGUCCCAAUCGUGGUGCUGGGCGUAAUUUUCCGCGUUACAGCAGCCAGAGCAGUCUGGCCAGCGAAGCGUCAAGCACCUUUGAUCGUCGUGCGCAGCUACAGCAGCAACAUCCGCAUCUCCAUCCGCAACAGCAUCAGCCACAACGUCAUCGUAAUUUUACUCGCCGCUCGCAGCCGAACAUACAUCAACCACAGGAGCAGCAGCAGCAGCAACAGCAGCAGCAGCCGCCGUCGCAGCAGCAGCAGCAUCCGGCACAGGCUGGGGAGAACUGGCAUGCGCCUGGCCAGGAUGAAAGUGAAUUGGUGCGCAAUGCUCAGCAGACAACAAAGUACAUGAAUUAUUUGUCAGCCAAAAAAUGAGUAAAACCAACUAGACCAAUAGUAACAAACACAACAACCAUAAACAAAUCAACAAUAAUUAUAAACAUCAUCAGAUCUAAAUGUAGUGAUUACAAUAAGUACAAGCUCAUUAUCUACAGCCUUUUUUUUCUUUUAAUGCUGCUUAUCGCAAAAUUGUAUAUGUAAUGUUACUUAAUGUCCAAUUUCAAUGUGCGCUAGAGACUGUUUUCAAUCUGUAUCUAAUAUAUAUAUAUACGAAUCGAGCUCAAAUGUUAAACUAUGAUACCAAGUGCCCGCCUCAAAUUUCAUUAACAAAUUGUCUCAAGUAGCAAAAAAAAAUAAUUGUAAACUCUUAGCAACAAAUAAUGCAAAUAAUGUUAAAGAAAAA